GUCAGUGGCUUCACUCGGCUGGUGUCUUCUCGCGGUAACGUUAGCAUAUUAGCAUAGUACACCAUUAGCUUCCGAAGCUAGCUGCGUCGUUUUCGGCUUUUCGCGUCGUACCUGUCGACUCCGAGCAGGGAGCGACACACAAAAGGCCGCUUAUUUAUUUCUAUUUGUGAUUGUAGGUGAGCGACGGAAGCGGGAAAAUGCCGCACAGCUUCAAGCCCGGAGACCUGGUGUUCGCUAAAAUGAAGGGCUACCCCCAUUGGCCAGCCAGGAUUGAAGACGUGGCUGAUGGAGCAGUGAAACCUCCACCUAAUAAAAUUCCAAUUUUCUUCUUUGGAACUCAUGAAACCGCGUUUCUGGCAGCCAAGGAUCUUUUUGCCUAUGAAAAGUGUAAAGAUCGCUACGGAAAGCCCAACAAAAGGAAAGGCUUCAACGAAGGCUUGUGGGAGAUCCAGAACAAUCCACACGCUUCCUACAGCGCUCCACCUGUGCCCCCCAGCUCGUCUGACAGCGAAGGCAACAAUGCCGGCGGAGGAAGCGAUGACAACGAGGAGGACGAUGAAGAAGAAGCCCCCGUGCCCAAGAAGGUGGACUCUGCAAGCGAGGCUGACUCGGAUUCUGCCGGUGAAGACCGAGGAAAGGGAGGAGGAGGAGGCGGCGGCGUGAAGCGUAAACCGCAGCCUACUAAGCGUCCUCCUCCCCCAAAAAAGACUCGCCGCUCGUCAAGCGACAGAGACGCGGAGAGCGGCACCCCGUCAGAGUCAGAAGCCACGCCUUCAGAGUCGGACUCUGGCAAAAACAGUGACCAGGAUUUUACUCCUGAGAAGAAAACAGCAACAGGACGAGGCGCAAAGAAGGCAGCAGGCAGAACAAAGAAAAAGAAAGAUUCAUCCAACUCAGAUUCAGACUCAGGAUCUGCCUCGGAGAAAAAAGCAGCUGACAGCGACUCGGAGGACGAGAAGCCUCGACCGGCCGUGUCUGGUUCUGAGUCACAGUCCGGUUCCAAGUCUGACUCGGAAUCGGACCCGCCUCCCCGCAAAGCUCCCCAGGCACGGAAAAAAGCGGCAGAGAAACCUGCACCCAAGCCUCGGUCAAGGAAACCCAAAGCUGUGCCUCCAAAACGUGCGGCGGCAGCAGCAGCAUCGUCAUCGUCGUCAGACAGCGACAGCGACAGCGAGCCCGACCGCAUCAGCGAGUGGAAGAAACGGGACGAGGAACGCAGGAGGGAGCUGGAGGAGCGGCGGAAAAAGGAUGAGGCGGAGGAGCUGCGGAGGCUACGGGAGCGGGAGAAGGAGGAGGAGGAGAAGCGGAAAAGAGAAAAAGAGGUGAAGAAGGCCAGCGACAGCGACAGCAGCAGCUCGGAAGAAGGCGUCGACGAUCACCCGUUGAAGAGGUCCAAGAAACCUCCUCCGGCGCCCAUCCCGGCGCCUUCGGACUCAGAUUCUCCACCGUCAGCCGAGGUGAAGAAACCAGCCAAGAAGUCCAACAACCAAAACAAAGGCAGAAUAAAGAAGGAGAGGAAGGAGAAAGUGCUGAAAGAGAAGAAGGCCAAACAUUCGGAGGAAAGAUCCAGAACCAGGUCGAAGCCGGAAAAACCCAAACACAAAUCAGAGAGGCCUCCACCCAAGAAAGUAGAGAAGAAAAAAGAAGCGUCGCCAGAGGAGAAACUUCAGAAACUCCACACAGAUAUUAAGUUUGCACUGAAAGUGGACAACCCCGACAUUGAGAAGUGUCUCCAGGCCCUGGAGGAGCUUGAAGUCUUGCCUGUCACCAGCCAGAUCCUGCACAAGAACGCCGAUCUCAUCGCCACGCUUAAAAAGAUCCGCCGCUACAAAGCCAGCCAGGCGGUGAUGGAGAAGGCCAGUCAGGUCUACAACAAACUCAAGCUGCGCUUUGUGGGCAAAGCAGAGGUGGCAGCCAAGCCCAAAGGCGAGGAGAAGGAGAAGGAGAAGGAGGAGGAGGAGCAAGACACAGUCAAUGGAGAGUCCAGACAGAAAGGAGAGGAAGUGGAAGAUGACCACGCUGCUUCUAGUCCAAUCAGGCGCAGCCUCGACAGUCCGCCCCAGACCAACGACUUUGCCCAAGCUAACAACGACAACAACAACAACGACAACAACAACGACAUCUCUGCAGAGACACGAGCGUCCCCAGUGGAGAGUUAAAAGGAGGAAGGAAAGAGCAGUGCAGUGGACCAAGGCGGUGGAAGAGGAGGAGUCUGACACCCUUUCUGACCCUUUUGUCACACGUGUAAAGAAGCCUUUGUAUACUUUGUGUCCUUCUUUCACACCAUCCUGACCUUUGUCACACGUGUAAAGAAGCCUUGGUAUACUUAGUGUCCUUCUUUCACACCAUCCUGACCUUUGUCACGCGUGUAAAGAAGCCUUUGUAUACUUUGUGUCCUUCUUUCACACCAUCCUGACCUUUGUCACGCGUGUAAAGAAGCCUUUGUAUACUUUGUGUCCUUCUUUCACACCAUCCUGACCUUUGUCACACGUGUAA